AUGUCGACUCUACUUUCGACACGACCCUCGCUGUCGGUGUGGGCGUCGUUGCGAGCGGGACGACGACCUUCGCUCGCUCCGUCGUUCGCGACCAUCGCCGUUCGUCAUGACUUCAAUACCUCCGCGAUGGACCUCGUCGUCGAGAAGAGAGUUGAGGCGGCUUCUUCGGCUGCGAAAGAUACGACUCGAAAGAAGGGUGUGUUGUGAAUUUGGAUAUCGGUGUACCACACUCGAUCGGGAUUGACAGCUCCCUCUACGUCACUCGUCUCGUCCUUACAGAGUCCGUGCGAACCAAGGCUGGGCCGAGCGAGGGUACAUCACCGCGCAAGAAACCCGUCGAACCUCACAAAGUUGCGUUGACGUCGCACCGCUACCUCUGGCAAACGCGUGACCGCUGGAUCGCCCGCCAACUCGCCGCAGGAGCGGACAUCCCUCCUGAUAUUUUGUCCAAGAUCCUCGCGCACCGCAAGAUCCUCGCCGCCGAUAUGGCCAUCUACGUCGACGUCCUCGCUAGGAAGGACGUAUACUACUCUAUGGAAAGACUCGGUCUACUCGAAUCGGCGGGACCGGAUCGACCGCAGGUUCAAUCACCGGAUUGGUUGAUCCUUUCGAUUCCUGGGAUGCUCAAGACGAACCAAGACGUGCCCUACCUCGCGAGUAUGCUCGUUCGAUCCCCCCGCUUCGCACAACUCAAUCGAGAGAAUAGGGCCCUUUUCAUCGCGAGGUGUUUGGAGUCCUUUCUGAGGAUACGACAUCUCGUCGCGGUCAGGGAAACGAUCGAUUGGGUUUGCUCGAGUCCGAAUCAACUGGGGUCCGCGACGGCGUUCGCUAGGAUCCUCACCGUUCUGGCGGCGGGGGGUAAUGAUACGAGAAAGCCUGUUUCGAGGUCGACGGCCGCACCCAAGGAGCUGCUCCAUCGAGCGAGGGAUCGUCUGUUGGAACUGAUGAAGGCCAAAGGGAUCGAACCGACGCUGGACACGACUUUGCCGUUGCUCGAACCGGGGCUGAUCCCAGACGACGUACACGAGAUCGCCAGCUUGGUCGUCCAGACUAAUCGACUGGGUCAAAAACUCAGAAGGGGCGUGCUGAGAAGAGCGAUGUUGUCGCUACUUAUGGCAGGGAACGAGGAAGGCGCCAAGGUGUUCGCUCGGUCGCUCGAAGGCAUCUCGGAGGAAGAGGACGGCGCAGAGGGUUCGGUCGAGGAUUCGGAAUCAAUCUUUGAUGCGACAUCGACGGCUUUUGCUCGAUUGGAGGAAGGGAGGGAUCUCAGUGGAAUCGUAUUGCCCCACAAUGCUGAUGUAGACGAAGUCAUCGAGCUCUUCCAUCGUGCUCUUGAUCGUCAGCGAACGGUUGCUGCUCCGGAUGCUGCUCCGAAAUCAGUCUCCACCGCCGACCUCAUCUGGGCCCGCCUCUUCAACUUCUUUCAUCGAUCGACCAAAAUCCAGGCCAACGAACUACAAGACCUUCUACAUCAACUCGAAUCGUCCUCCGUCCAACUACACGACCUUACAUGGCGAAGGAUCUACCACGGGGUCAUGGUGGGCUGCUUGUCGCGCGACGAACCGGAUCGCGUCGUUCGGUUGUGGGAACGGGUAACGCGGGACAGGCCGGUCCCAUUGAGUCCAAAUCUGCACAUGCUUACUGUGGUCAUGCGUGCGUAUUGCGCUUUGGGGCAACCUGAUCGGGCUCGCGCAGUUUGCGACGCUUGGACGAUUGACGUCCCAAAGGAGGAUACCACGCCGCGGAGAGAAGACGAGGUCCCAGCUGCUUCCGACUCGCCACCGCGGUCCAAACGCAUCAAGCUCACCGUCGACCCUCUGAACGACUUGAUGCUCUACUAUUCCCGCACGGCGGCCUUUGGCGAGGUCUACGCCUUGUUCAGAGCCAUGUCGUCGACCUACGGUGUCGUACCGAAUUCAGCGAGCUUGACGAUCUUGAUCCAAUCGGCUCGCUAUGCUUCGUGGCACGAUCCUUCCGGAAGCGCGCAUUCGGGGACGGGCUUGAACUACCCUGUCCUGUGGGGUAAUCGAGAUCCUGUGGCUUUCGCCGAGGACUUGUUCUGGUCCGUCUUGGAGCAAAAUUGGCCCGAGUUGGCCAAAAACGAAGUUGUCGAUCCUUUCAAGAGCAAACCUUCCCGAAUCAUGGAAAAGAUAUUCGCUCGCUGUUCUGCGUCCGGAACUGCAGAGACGAACGGGGAAGGAGGUGUUGAUCUCCGAGCUUUCGAGGCGACCUUGAGUAUCGUCGAUCCACCUCGAUACCCGUUCUUGUACCCCAGCGCAAAGACGUUCCGUACCUUCGUCAUCCUGCUCGGUUCGACCAGACGGUACGAGAAGAUCCCGCUCGUCCUCGCGUGGAUGAAAGCACUCAACGUGAGACCUAGUCGACAUACGUUAGGGUUGGCGAUGAUGUGGGUGGCGGAGAUGGCGUUGGCGGAGGAGGAGAUGGUCAAGUGGAGGGGGUGGGUGAAGGAUUGGGUAGGGGAGGAGGAUGUGCCGAGGGAGGAGGAGAUUGCUUGGUUACGGAGGGGGAGAGGGUGGAGAGCGGAUGGAUGA